AUGUCCUCCGCCUCGCUCAAAUCCCUGAUGGCGGCCAAAAAAGCCUCUUCGACCCAACGUAUCACGCACCCUUUCGCCUCGUACGAUCGACAAUCGCGCUUAACGUGCACGUUGUGCCCCGCGACCGUAUUGAAGCAUGAUAACCUCUGGGGCGCGCAUUUGAUUUCAAAGGUUCAGUUUUCCCGUUUUGGGGAGUGUUGGGUCUUGUUGUGUCUGUGCGAAUAGUUGAGCUGAUUGUCGGGUGGGGGUGUUUUACUUGGGGAUAGGGUCAUCGAGUGAAUGUUCAGCGCUACGAGAGGGAACAACAGGCCCUGAGGGAAAGGGAAGAGGCGGCAGCAGUUGCAGCAGCAGCAGCAGCAGUCAAGGGGAAACGAAAACGAUCUCGAUCUGCUGAACCAGUGCAUGGCGAGUCGAACAACAACGAGAAGGGGAAACGAGCUCGCGAAGCGAAAGGGACACAGCAAUCCGACGACGACGAGGAUGGGCCGGCCGACGAGAAUCGAACGAGUGCCCUUCCCGAUGAUUUCUUCACCGAUCGCUCACAAGUACCAACACGAUCAACAUCAGCGCAAGACGACGCAACCGACCCUACACCAGCGACAGCGGAGGAAGACGAUCCCGAAUGGGCCGCUUUCGAAGCCAGUCUACAACAAGAUGCCCCCCAACCCACAACAACAACAACGACAUCGUCAACGGCGAAAGCUACCAUUUUUGCUGCACCUGUAGCGUACGAGUUUGGAGCACCCAAAGUCGCUGAGGAAGGUGAGGAGCAAGGCGAGCCUGAGGAGGAGGAGGAGGAAGAGACGGAGGAAGAAAGGUUGGAAAGGUUAGAAAGGGAGCAGGUGAGUUCAUACAAGAAAGAAAAGAAAAAAUGGGGCCUGCGAGCAACUGCGAAGCUCAUAGACAUUUGCGGUCGAUAA